AUGCGCUUCCUCCCUUCAGUUCAUGCCGAGCUCUCACUGCACGAACUUCAGGCAUGGAAAAAUUCAUCACUCCUCUGUGAGGACAGCAGAUUUUCCUACACACUUUUCCAAAAAGGGCCUGUAGCAAUGUCAGAGAGGAAGCCCAAAAACUCAGACACACGUCCCAAGAACUUGCGGAGCUGGAGCGCUGAUAGUUACAUCCGCAGUAUUAAAAAACGCUCCCGUGGGUCAUGCCAUGAGACAGCGCCCAGAGGGGAAGAGGUGGAAGGAAUAGACGACCAGACUGUACGCUCUGCUUCUUGUCCCCGGAGACGUCGAGAGCGAAAGUGCAGCUGCACAAUCCCUGGAGAACCGGAUUUGGACUCUCCUUGCAGGAAAGCCCUGUCCCGCCGGUCUCUGAGGCAGAAGUUUCAGGAUGCCGUCGGCCAGUGUCUCCCUCUUCGCAAUCACCACCACCAUCACCACCAGUCCAGUUCCUCACGUCCAUUCUCCGUCCUUCUUUGGUCCAAACGGAAGAUUCAUGUGUCCGAGCUCAUGGAGGACAAGUGUCCAUUCUCUCCGAAAUCCGAACUGGCUCAGUGUUGGCAUCUGAUCAAGAAACAUGGCACUCAUACCAAACCUUCUUUAAGCAUUGAAACCGAACCCAAAUGUCCCUUGUUAUCCUCCUCUCCUCCAACGCUCAUUUCAUGGGAGGAGAUCCGCUCUACUGGGGCUUCUAGUCUGGAUGACUGGGAUCCUUCUUUUGCACAUGGAGACGCCCAGUGCUGCGCCCACACUGACUACAUCCUGGUUCCUGAUCUGCUUCAAAUCAACAACAGCCCUUGUUAUUGGGGUGUCCUGGAUCGUUUUGAAGCUGAGCAACUAUUGGAAGGGCAACCAGAGGGGACCUUUCUGCUCCGAGACUCUGCCCAGGACGAAUACCUCUUCUCGGUUAGCUUCAGACGCUAUAACCGCUCCCUCCAUGCUCGAAUAGAGCAAAACGGGAAGCGCUUUAGCUUUGAUGGCCGUGACCCUUGUAUGUACAGAGAUUCCAGUGUCACGGGCCUGUUGAAGCACUACAGUGACCCGGCCACAUGCCUAUUUUUUGAACCUCUUCUCUCUCGCCCACUAGCUAGGAGCUUUCCUUUCUCUCUGCAGCACAUGUGCAGAGCGGUCAUCUGUAGCUGUACAACGUAUCAGGGCAUUGACACCUUGCCUUUACCCUACAGUUUGAGACACUUCCUUAGGCAAUACCACUAUAGGUGCAAUGGAGCUUGUGCUGUUUGA